AUGAAUACAUUCAAAACAGGUCAGCGUAUUCAGCCAGAUGCUGAUUCUAUAAGAGCUCUGCCGCCAUUAGCUGAAGUUGAACUCACCACCAUCCAGGAUGUGCCUCAAGAGCCGAUUUCAGACAAACUCAACGAUCCAUAUCUUGUCGCCUUCUCUCCAAACGAUGCUUCAAAUCCCAAAAAUUGGAACUCACGCAGAAAGUGGGCCGUAACCGAUGUUCUCUCUGCGACUGGUUUCAAUCGCAUCAUGGUCUCCACGAUCAUGGCUCCGGCACUGCCUCUAAUCGCACAGGAAUUCUCGAUGAAUUCUACUGAAACGAUGAUGUCCUUCUCAAGCUACGUCCUUGCCACUGCGUUCGGCCCGCUGAUAAUUGGCCCAUUAUCCGAAGUAUAUGGACGCUCACCUGUACUGCAUGCGAGCAACAUCUGGUUCCUGGUCUUCAACAUUGCAUGUGGUUUUGCGAACAACAAGCACGCGCUCAUCGCAGGGAGGUUUCUGGCUGGACUUGGCGCAAGUAGUAUAUACGCCUUGAGAGGUGGAGUGCUCGGAGACAUGUUCACAGCCGAACAGCGUGGAAAGUCGAUUGGUGUAUACCAGUUGAUCCCACUUCUGGGCAAGUUGCUGACUUCCUCAACAGGCGCCGCGGUCGGUCCAAUCAUAGGAGGCUUCAUGGCCGGACGAGCGACCUGGAGGUGGAUGUUCUGGUCAACAUCGGCGUUCCAAGCUGUCAUGGUCCUCGUUUCCUUCACGGUGUUCCGCGAAACGUACGCUCCACUUAUUCUCAAGCGCCGCGCUGAGCGACUACGAAAGACGACAGGCGAUCACCGAUACUAUACUGCACUUGAACGCAUGCAAGAGAAAAAGACAGUGCGCCAAGUCAUAACCCAGGCUCUGUCGCGACCACUUCGACUCAUGCUGCACCAUCCCGUUAUACAAGUCGCUGGUCUGAUCGAAGCCUUCUACUACGGCAUUCUGUAUCUCUUGCUUUCCAGCUUCGCAGAUCUCUGGACGCAACACUACCGCAUCAGUACGGAGAUGAGUGGUCUGCACUACGUAGCUGUAGCAGGAGGUGAGCUCGCCGGCAGUCAACUCGGAGGGUACGUACUCGACGCUUUCCACCGACGCCUGCGAGCUCAAAAUUCUGAAUCCACUCCAGACCCGGAGCAUCGGCUACCACUCAUCUUCCCUGGUCAGCUUAUCGGCUUUGUGGGACUCCUCAUAUAUGGUUGGACGGCACAAUACCGCGCCCAUUGGAUCGCUGUCGACAUCGGUAUGUUCGUGGCAUUAUUUGGCAUGCAGAUGUCAGGCAUGGCGACGCAUGCGUACGUUAUAGAUGCGUACGCAGAGCAUACAAGUAGCGCGGCGUCAGCAACACAAUUCUUGGAAAGCUUGACUGCUUUUCUGUUCCCACUGUUCGCACCGAGCCUAUAUAGAUCACUGGGAUAUGGUUGGGGAAACACUUUGUUAGUCGGGGUCGGUUUGUUCCCCGGGUUUCCAAUGGUUUAUACGCUCUGGAAGUGCGGCUUGCGAUGGAGAAUGGUCAGUCCUUCAACAGAGUAA